CGGCGGCGGCUCAGUCGGCGGCGGCGCGCGGCGCGGGCGGCGGCGCGGCGGGCGCGGCGGCGGCGUGGGCUCCUCCGCGGCCCUGGGCGGCCUCCCCGCGGGCUCGGCGGGCACCAUGGCGCUGCGCGCCCGCGCGCUGUACGACUUCAGGUCGGAGAACCCGGGCGAGAUCUCGCUGCGCGAGCACGAGGUGCUGAGCCUGUGCAGCGAGCGGGACAUCGAGGGCUGGCUGGAGGGCGUCAACAGCCGCGGCGACCGCGGCCUCUUCCCCGCCUCCUACGUGCAGGUGCUCCGCGCGCCCGAGCCGGGCCCCGGCCCCGCGCCCGACGCCGGCCCGGCCCGCUACGCCAACGUGCCGCCCGGCGGCCUGGAGCCCCUGCCCGCGCCGCCCGCCGCCUUCCAGCCCCCGAGCACCUUCCAGGCCCCGAGCUCCUUCCAGCCCCCGAGCUCCUUCCAGCCGCCGAGCUCCUUCCAGGCUCUGAGCACCUUCCAACCUCCCAGCGCCUUCCAGGCUCCGAGCUCCUUCCAGCCGCCGGGCGCCGGCCUCCCGCUCGCCGGGGCCGCCCCGCAGCCGUACGGCGGCGGCUCCCCGGGCUCCCAGGGCAGCGACGACGACUGGGACGACGAGUGGGACGACAGCUCGACGGUGGCGGACGAGCCGGGCGCGUCCCUGGACCCGGACGGCUCCUCCGCGGGGGCCUCCGGCCGCUACCGCCUGUCCACGGCCCCGGGCCCCGCGGCCCCGCACCCGCCGCCCGGCGCGGCCAAGAGCUCGGCCACCGUGAGCCGCAACCUGAACCGCUUCUCCACCUUCGUCAAGUCGGGCGGCGAGGCCUUCGUGCUGGGCGAGGCGUCGGGCUUCGUCCGCGACGGCGACAAGCUGUGCGUGGUGCUGGGCCCGCACGGCCCCGAGUGGCAGGAGAACCCCUACCCGUUCCGCUGCUCCAUCGACGACCCCACCAAGCAGACCAAGUUCAAGGGCAUGAAGAGCUACAUCGCCUACCGCCUGGUGCCCACGCACACGCGCGCGCCCGUGUACCGGCGCUACAAGCACUUCGACUGGCUGUACGCGCGCCUGGCGCAGAAGUUCCCGGUCAUCUCCGUGCCGCACCUGCCCGAGAAGCAGGCCACCGGCCGCUUCGACGAGGACUUCAUCGCCAAGCGCCGCCGCGGCCUGCUCUGGUGGAUGGACCACAUGGCCAGCCACCCGGUGCUGGCGCGCUGCGACGCCUUCCAGCACUUCCUCACCUGCCCGAGCGGCGGCGACGGCGAGCGCGCCUGGAAGCAGGGCAAGCGGCGCGCCGAGCGCGACGAGAUGGUGGGCGCCAGCUUCUUCCUGACGCUCAGCACGCCGCCCGCCGCCGCGCUGGACCUGCAGGAGGUGGAGAGCCGCGUGGACGGCUUCCGCAGCUUCACCCGCAGGAUGGACGACAGCGCGCUGCAGCUGGCGCACACGGCCACCGAGUUCGCGCGCAAGCAGGCCACGGGCUUCCGCAAGGAGUACCAGAAGGUGGGCCAGGCGCUGCGCGGCCUCGGCCAGGCCUUCGAGCUGGACCAGCAGGCCUUCUCCGCCGGCCUCAACCAGGCCAUCGCCUUCACCGGCGACGCCUACGACGCCAUCGGCGAGCUGUUCGCCGAGCAGCCCCGCCAGGACCUGGACCCCGUCAUGGACCUGCUGGCGCUGUACCAGGGCCACCUGGCCAACUUCCCCGACAUCAUCCACGUGCAGAAAGGCGCGCUGACCAAGGUGAAGGAGAGCCGGCGGCAUGUGGAGGAGGGCAAGAUGGAGGCGCAGAAGGCGGACGGCAUCCUGGAGCGCUGCAACACCAUCUCCUACGCCACGCUGGCCGAGAUCCACCACUUCCACCGGGUGCGCGUGCGCGACUUCCGGGCCCAGAUGCAGCACUUCCUGCAGCAGCAGAUCCUGUUCUUCCAGAAGGUGACGCAGAGGCUGGAGGAGGCGCUGCACCAGUACGACAGCGUGUAGGCGCGGGCGGGCGCUCCGGCCACGGGGACUCUGCCCGGCACAGACCGCGCAGCUGCUGCCGCUCCACAUGGCGCCGCCGGGCUGUGCGCCCGGGCGCUCCGGCCACGGGGACUCCGCCCGGCACAGACCACGCAGCUGCUGCCGCUCCGCCCGUGUGGCCCCGCCGGCUGUGCGCCCGGGCGCUCCGGCCACGGGGACUCUGCCCGGCACAGACCACGCAGCUGCUGCCGCUCCACAUGGCGCCGCCGGGCUGUGCGCCCGGGCGCUCCGGCCACGGGGACUCCUCCCGGCACAGACCGCGCAGCUGCUGCCGCUCCACAUGGUCUCGCCGGGCUGUGCGCCCGGGCGCUCCGGCCACGGGGACUCCGCCCGGCACAGACCGCGCAGCUGCUGCCGCUCCGCCCGUGUGGCCCCGCCGGGCGCCGUGGGACUGGCCGUGCUGGCCGGGGCGGCCGUGGCACGGCAGUAAGGCCUGGACCGCUGUAGCUCAGUUACAUAUGUACCCUACACUACCACGUAACGGAUGUGAUUGUACUCUUCGCCUUAUGCUUUCCGGAGGAUGGGUCUUCAGCGCAGACGUGGCCGACCUCAGAGCCUGGCGGGGUCUCGGGGAGCCCCAGCCAGCCCGCCCCAUGCCUUCCCCGCCCGCAGAUGGGGUCCCCGAAAUCCAGCCUGUUCUCUGUUUACAAACCCCGACGAGAGCAGCUGCGCGACUUCGUGCCUUUAGACGGGGGUUUUCAUUUCCCCGCCCCUUUACAGAGCAGCCACGACUUUGAUCGGAAGGCGAAAGGCCGGUGCGCACUGGGCAGCCUGCUGGUGACGGCAGCGCGGCGGAGGGACUGGCCGUCCGGUGGGGAGGCCGCGGGCACUCUGCUCCCUUCGUGCUCGCGUGGCCUCCCCCCGCAUCCUGAGGCCUGUGUGCGGGCACGCACCGCUCACCACCGAGGCAGGGCCGGCCCGGGACAGGCGGGUUCGGGAGGAUGCGGGCUCUGCUGGAGGGUGCUUUGCUUUCCUUUUAGCUGAAGGUUUUCUUUCCGCUCAGUGUGAUGUUUUCUAACGGAUCUACACUGUUAACCGAUCGAGACUCCACUGUGACUCACUCACUCGUUUACUUAAUCGACCACUUUUCAGGGAUGUCUGUGAAUUCAGUGUUACACGUGAUGCGAGUAGCGUUGACCUGAGGAGGGACCAGAAAUAAUCCUAUUCCAGAUGUUGAGAGCAAGAAGAAUUGUUAUUUUUAAGUACUGAUAAUCCCCCAGGACAUUUAUCAUUAAAGUUACCUUAAAUAUAUUCUUUUAAAGAAAAUACAAAGGCUGACGCAUACCAAAAAGAUUCCAAAGCAGCUUCGUUU